AGUGUCUGGGCCUCGCGGGCCGCAACAGGCGGCGGCGGGCGAGCGCGAGGACCGCGCGCAGCGAAAGCCCGCGCGUGCGUGCAGAUUCGCUGGUGGCUCGCGCUCCGCCGGGCGUUCUGAGGAGACGCGCUGAGCCGCUGCCGCCGCGGGGGGAAGCCUGAGAGUCGCUCGCGUGCCCUCAGUCUGCGUAAGCCCCGCGCCCCUUCCUCCCCUGGCCAGGCCAUGGCGGAACGCGGAGGGGCGGGCGGUGGUCCCGGAGGCUCCGGGGGCGGCAGCAGUCAGCGGGGCUCUGGGGUCGCCCAGUCCCCGCAGCAGCAGCCGCAGCAGCAGCCGCCGCAGCCUCAACAGCCGACGCCCCCCAAGCUGGCCCAGGCCACCUCGUCCUCCUCGUCCACCUCGGCUGCGGCCGCCUCCUCCUCGUCCUCCUCCACCUCCACCUCCAUGGCCGUCGCGGUGGCCUCGGGCUCUGCGCCUCCGGGCGGUCCAGGACCAGGCCGCACCCCCGCCCCAGUGCAGAUGAAUUUGUAUGCUACCUGGGAGGUGGACCGGAGCUCAUCCAGCUGCGUGCCCAGGCUCUUCAGCUUAACUCUGAAGAAACUUGUUAUGCUUAAAGAAAUGGACAAAGAUCUUAACUCAGUAGUCAUUGCUGUGAAGCUGCAGGGUUCAAAAAGGAUUCUUCGCUCCAAUGAGAUCAUCCUUCCAGCCAGUGGCCUGGUGGAGACAGAGCUCCAGUUAACCUUCUCCCUCCAGUACCCUCAUUUCCUUAAGCGAGAUGCCAACAAACUGCAGAUUAUGUUGCAAAGGAGGAAGCGGUACAAGAACCGAACUAUCUUGGGCUAUAAAACCUUAGCUGUGGGACUCAUCAACAUGGCAGAGUACUCCUAUGUGUCAAAGACAAAGAAGAAAGAGGCUGCAAGACAGCUUUUUAAAUUAUUUCUGGUGAUGCAACACCCUAAUGAGGGCGCUUUAGUACUUGGCCUGCACAGCAAUGUGAAGGAUGUCUCUGUGCCAGUGGCAGAAAUAAAAAUCUACUCUUUAUCCAGCCAGCCCAUUGACCAUGAAGGAAUCAAGUCUAAGCUGUCUGAUCGCUCCCCAGAUAUUGACAACUACUCUGAAGAAGAGGAGGAAAGCUUCUCCUCAGAGCAGGAAGGCAGUGACGACCCAUUGCAUGGGCAGGACCUAUUCUAUGAAGAUGAAGAUCUUCGGAAAGUAAAGAAGACUCGGAGGAAACUGACCUCAACCUCAGCCAUCACUAGGCAACCUAACAUCAAACAGAAGUUUGUGGCCCUCCUGAAACGAUUCAAAGUUUCUGACGAGGUGGGCUUUGGGCUAGAACACGUGUCCCGGGAGCAGAUUCGGGAAGUGGAGGAGGACUUGGAUGAACUGUACGACAGUCUAGAGAUGUACAACCCCAGCGACAGUGGCCCUGAGAUGGAGGAAACAGAAAGCAUCCUCAGCACCCCAAAGCCCAAGCUCAAGCCCUUCUUUGAGGGGAUGUCUCAGUCCAGCUCACAGACGGAGAUUGGCAGUCUCAACAGCAAGGGCAGCCUCGGGAAAGACACCACCAGUCCUGUGAGCAGAACGAUGAUGGAGUUGGCUGCUUUAGAAAAAGUCAAAUCUACCUGGAUUAAAAACCAAGAUGACAGCUUGACUGAAACAGACACUUUAGAAAUCACUGACCAGGACAUGUUUGGAGAUGUGAGCACAAGUCUGGUUGUACCAGAAAAAGUCAAAACUCCUAUGAAGUCCAGCAAAGCUGAUCUGCAGGGCUCUGCCUCUCCCAGCAAGGUGGAAGGGACACACACACCUCGGCAGAAGAGGAGCACUCCCCUGAAGGAGCGACAGCUCUCCAAGCCCCUGAGUGAGAGAACCAACAGCUCUGACAGUGAGCGAUCUCCUGAUCUGGGCCACAGCACACAGAUUCCAAGGAAGGUGGUAUACGACCAACUGAAUCAGAUCCUGGUAUCGGAUGCAGCCCUCCCUGAAAAUGUCAUCCUGGUGAACACCACAGACUGGCAGGGCCAGUACGUGGCUGAAUUGCUUCAAGACCAGAGGAAGCCUGUGGUAUGCACCUGCUCAACAGUGGAGGUCCAGGCAGUGCUGUCCGCCCUUCUCACUAGGAUUCAGCGCUACUGCAACUGCAACUCAUCCAUGCCGAGGCCGGUCAAGGUGGCAGCUGUGGGCAGCCAGAGCUACCUGAGCUCCAUCCUCCGUUUUUUUGUCAAGUCCCUUGCCAGCAAGACCCCAGACUGGCUGGGUUACAUGCGCUUCCUCAUCAUUCCCCUAGGUUCUCAUCCAGUGGCCAAAUACUUGGGCUCAGUAGAUAGUAGAUAUAGCAGCACCUUUCUUGAUUCUGCCUGGAGAGACCUAUUCAGUCGCUCAGAGCCUCCAGUGUCAGAGCCACUGGACGUGGUGGGUCGUGUGAUGCAGUAUGUCAAUGGAGCUACCACAACACACCAGCUGCCUGUGGCUGAAGCCAUGUUGACCUGCAGGCAUAAGUUCCCUGAUGAGGACUCCUACCAGAAGUUCAUCCCCUUCAUUGGCGUUGUGAAAGUGGGCCUUGUUGAAGACUCGCCCUCCACUGCAGGUGAUGGGGACGAUUCACCUGUGGUCAGCCUUACUGUGCCCUCCACAUCACCACCCUCAAGCUCAGGCCUGAGCCGAGAUGCCACAGCUACCCCUCCCUCGUCCCCAUCCAUGAGCAGUGCCCUCGCCAUCGUGGGGAGCCCAAAUAGCCCAUAUGGGGAUGUGAUUGGUCUCCAGGUGGACUACUGGCUGGGCCACCCUGGGGAGCGAAGGAGAGAAGGUGAUAAGAGGGAUGCCAGCUCAAAGAACACCCUCAAGAGUGUCUUCCGCUCGGUGCAGGUUUCUCGCCUGCCACAUGCAGGGGAAGCCCAGCUUUCUGGCACCAUGGCAAUGACUGUGGUCACCAAAGAGAAGAACAAGAAAGUGCCCACUAUCUUCCUGAGCAAGAAGCCCCGAGAAAAGGAGGUGGAUUCUAAGAGCCAGGUCAUCGAGGGCAUCAGCCGCCUCAUCUGUUCUGCAAAGCAGCAGCAAACCAUGCUGAGAGUGUCCAUCGAUGGAGUUGAGUGGAGUGACAUCAAGUUCUUCCAGCUGGCAGCCCAGUGGCCAACUCAUGUCAAGCACUUUCCAGUGGGACUCUUCAGUGGCAGCAAGACCACCUGAGACCCUGCCUCCCAACCACUCCCUCCUGGCACUGCCACCCAGCCUCACCACCUGCAGGCAGGGGAAGGCCAGCAAGCCCCAGCCCAGCCUCCCUUUCCCAGCACUGGGGCUUGUCUCUACACACCCAGUCCUAAAGGACACUGCCACUGGGGAUACAGCCCUCCCCUCUCACUGCCCAGCCCAUCUCUGGACUACCCUUCCUCCUGUUCCAGGCCCAGAGCUGGGUGGUCCUGACUCUGGUACCCAUAAUCCCUGUAAUUGAAUACUCUGGGCCUUCCUUCACCUCACUCACCCCUGCAGCACUGGUACCCUUUCUGGAAAUGAAAAACCUGGAGUUCUGGUACAGUGAGACAGCCCAGCACCCUACAUAGCCUGGCCACCUGGCUCUGCAUUUCCAAGGCUCUGUUGCCUGUUGUACUCCCCCUGCCUUCCUCCAGCAGGGCUGGGGCCUCCUACCCUUCCUGUGACCUCACCUGCCGCGCAACUUCCCAGUAGGGGGAAUGAGGCUGGCACCUGGGCAUCCCGGUAUUUCUGGGAUUGAAGGGGCCUUCCCAGUCUCUCCCAUGCAUGAUUUCCUGGCAUCUCAAAUCACUUGGAUGUCCUGUGUUUUGUGUGUGUUUUAGUUGUUUGGGUAACUUGUCCUGUGCACAGGUCCUUGAGGCUCCUCCCUCUGCCUCCCAGCCUCCCACCUAAGAUUGUUCUGUGGCUUCAUGAGGUAGGAGACAGCAAACCCACCCCUCCACAUACAUUAUCUGUGACUCUUACCCAGUCAUAUGUCUCCCUUUUCCUGUGUCAGCUUGCGUCCCCAUCCCUGCUUUGUCUUCCCACUUCUGUCAUGGCAGGGCAGCAGAAAGAGGCCCAUCUCCACCAGGUCUCCCUCCAGCAGCCUCCUUCCCUCUCUCAGCCAUGGAUGGGUCCCAGACCUAUCUCAGCCUCCUCAUCAGUGUCUUCAUGAGAGGCUGAGGACACGUGACAGAGCUAGCCCAGCCUCCAUGCCCUCUGGCACUUCAGAGCUUCUCUGUUGCCCUCUCACUGCUUCCUAGCAGUGUGGCACAGAACUGCACUCAGAACAUAGUUUUGGCAUUCUUCACAUCCAAGACUCCAGCCCUUCCUGCUGCCCAGCCCUACUGUCCAGAGUGUCUCUUGGGCCUGAGAAUAAGUGGGGUGGGAAGACUGGGGCCAUGUUGGGUUUUUUCAUUCAAUAAACUGGUGAUUUCUUACCAA